UGUAAAAUUCCCAUUCCAAUUUCUGGAUCACUUAUAUAUUUAGUUUCACAUCAUGUUUGAGAACUCGCUGCUGAUCAUUAAGCCGGACUAUAUGCACAAGCGUCGUCCGGUGCUCCUGAAGCUGCUGGCCGAGGGAUUCCUGCUUAAGGGUAGCCGCAAGUUAGCCUUCUCCCCGGAGUUGGCAGCCGAGUUUUAUGCGGACUAUGCCGACGAGAAGGGCUUCAUGCUGGAGGUUAUACUGCUCUCCAAGGGCGUCUCGGAGGCCUUCAUUGUGACCAAAGAGAAUGCCGUGCAGUCGCUGCUCAACACCAUGAUCUGCUACUUCGGAACAUCCGCGGACCUAGAGCGCAACAUUCACGUGACCAAAAAUGCCCAGAGCGUGGCUCGCGAGAUCAACUUUAUAUUUCCCAACUACAUCCACGAGCCCAAAGCUUUGUUCGAGCGAAAUAGAUUCUGCAACCGACCUAUGCUAAAACAGCUGAUCGGAGAGGUCUACGACAUCCUGCAGAAUCCGGACUGCAGCCAGGACAACUGGAAGGUGCGGGUGUCCGACUACUUGGUGCGCAGCAAUCCCAAGGUGCCGCGAGUCAGCAACCAGUGCCAGGUGCGUCCCGAAGUGGGCAUCCAGAACAAGGCGCAGCAGACAGUGACGACAUAUCCGACCGCCGCGCGGGACGCCCAGCUAAAUUCCAAGAGUAUCAGUUCCGUGUUGUCCAGCACCUCACCGCACUCCUCCAUGCUGCUAACAUCCUCCUCGUGUGUGACUUGCGGCGGCUUCGAUCGCUCCGAGCCGUGCAUCUGCGAACUGGACCUGAACAAGCGCGUGGAGCCCCAGAGCGAUGAGCCUGCCUGCGUGGAAGAGGAGAUAUUGUGGAAGGAGGUUAUCGUCUACGAGGAAGUCGUUCCCGAGGAAGAGGAGUCCAAGGACGAACGUUUUGAGAUCGAGGAGGAGGCCGAAGGCGAGGAGGCUGCCAGCUCGGACGUUGAAUCGGAUCACAGUGCGAUUGCACCGCCUCCACCCCCAGAGCCUGAAAGCGAGUCCGAGUCUGAGGCAGAAGCUCCUCCAGUUGAUGUCGAAGAGGCCACCGCUCCAGCUGCGGCUGAUUAGGUCUCCCCCACACCUGUUGCCCCGUCAUUUAAGCUUUUCCAAAUGUUUUUUCUGUUGUUCUGCCUCUAUCCCUGUCCCUGGCCCAGCAUAGGAAAAAAUGUGAAAACUGCAAGCAAAAAAAAUGCGCGCAAUUUAUUUGCCUCCCCCCCUCCCGCUGCUAAUCCCGUCCUCCUGCAGCUGCGGCAAUGCGCACUCGCAGAAGCAGUGGGAAGGGAAGAGUACUGGGCCUGCAGUUUUUCACUCGGCUUCAGGCCCGUCCAUCGACACACACACACCGUCACUGGGGACGUGGCAAGUACAGCAGCAGAGGCACAACAGCGUCGUCAGAGCGCUUUCGACUUUCCCGCCAGAGUGAGCAGAGUUUUCCUUUUCAUUUUUCCUGCAAGUGUCCAAUAAAAAACGGAGCAAAAGAGAACAAAACU